AUGAAUACUUCAGGAGAGCUUAGAACAUUAAUAGACGUUGGAGAAAUUACAGCAUACAGCUACGAUGAUUUCUCAGAUAUUCGAAAGAUCAACGAAGGCGGUUAUGGAGAAGUUUAUUCUGAAAUAUUCAAACCUAAAGGAAUAACUAUUGCGUUGAAGAAAUUAUUUACUAAUUUAGAUUCUGAUAAAAAGGCCUCUAAAGAAUUUGUAAAGGAGGUGCAACUUCUCCGUAAAGUGGAUCAUCACCCGUACAUUAAUCAAUUACUCGGCAUAACUCAAG